AUGGAGUCUCAACAGCAGCCUAACAAUAGCCAUAUGCCUAGCAAAUCUUCUGAAGAACAACAUGCGCUGCAGGAAGGCCAGGCUGUCCAGCAUCCUAGCGCACUUCAGGUUCAGGCUGACCUCCUAUGGAAGCUGAGGAAGUACUUGAUGCUGCUGGCUAUCCUAGCUUCAGCCAUCACCUGCCAAGCAGGGUUAGCUCCGCCGGGUGGGUUCUGGCAAGACAGCCUGAAUGGUCACAUCCCCGGUGAUAUUGUGCUAAGAGUUAGCUACCCCAAGCGUUACUAUGUGUUCUUUUACUGCAACACAACAGCGUUUGGGGCAUCACUCAUUGUCCUUAUACUGCUCCUGGUCAGGGAAUUGAGCCGCAAUGUGGUUUGGCUUCGGGCACUACAAUUUGCAAUGGUACUGGGCCUGCUUGGGCUCAUGGGUGCCUAUGCUGCAGGGAGCUGCAGGGAGGUGAGGACCUCACUUUACAUUUGGGUAUUACUUGUUGGCAUAUUUGCAUAUAUCACGCUCCAUGUCAUAUUCUUCCGGUAA